UAUUUCCUGCUUCCACAAACAUGAAUUAUUAUAACACUAAUGGCAGAUUAUGGUAUGCUAAUGAGUGUACAUUCUGAGACUGUUGCUCACUUAUAUUCAUUUUUAUUACAAGUCUAUUUAAUAAUUAUUAAUUCAUUAUUACAUGAGAUUGUCCAUUUUAAAUAACAACUACUUUUGACUUCAGGGAUUCUUCAGAGCUGUAAGACUUGUGACCAUGUUGAGGACUCCACACACUGGCUUCAGAUUGAACCCUUGACUUCCACUGUCCAGGGAGUGACAAUGUUCAGACACAGGACACCCAAAGGGAGUUAUGAGUGCACAGUGUCUGGGCUCCGCUGGCUGUGUGAGAGAGAUGUCAUUCUGAAGUAUCACUUCAGGAACUGGGAUCCCUACAGUCAACUUCUGCAAGACAUGCAGUACACACAAGGUGGUCCAUUGCUGGACAUCACUAUGGAGUUAGGUGAACUGGAGGAAGUUCAUCUGCCACACUGUGUCUGUUUAGGGACCAACCCUUCCCUGAGGAAUGAGAUGAAGAUUCUUCAUGUAGAGGAACAUGGAGUGUCUUUAGAGGAAGUGCAUGAGGUCACCAGAUUCCAUGCUAAGAUUCUCCAUCCCAAGUUCUCAGCUAUCUCUGUUAUACUGAGCUUUAUCCUUUCUUGGAACGUAGAUGUCCACUGUGAGCUGAUGCUCUAUCUGACAGUGAAAAAGCAAACAUUAAUUCCACGCCUAUACCUGUUCCCCAGUAACCCCGGCCAAAUACAGGCUGUGGAACAACAGGAAAUCAAGUUUCAAGGGUCUAAAAGGUUUCCCAACACAAGACCAGAGCAGUCCUUCAAACUGAAGAGUUACUUCAGACUGAACAUUCCCUGUUCUACCACCAUCAAUCCACCGAGGAUUCAUCUCAUACAUAGAGACACCACACCAAGCUUUUUCAAUGCGGUUGUGAAAAUGACAGGGGUUGACAUUGAGAUGGAGUUAAUCGGGGAUGAUGAGAGGACAGUAUGGAAAGAAAUAGUACCAACAGUCAUCAACCAGGAGGAAAUGGAGUCAGUGGAGGUGAUAGCUGAGAGGGCAGAGAAGGCACGAGUCAUCAUCGACAUGGUGUUGAGAAAAGGAAAUGAGUCGUGUUCCAGGAUGAUGAACCUUCUUGGGGAUCUGGACCCCCGUCUUUGUUCACUGCUUCAGAUCAACAGUGUUGGGGUCCCAACCUAA